AUGUUAAAGGUUCUGUGUAUGUCACUAACAGCCUGGAGCAAUCGGACGGACAUCUUCCUGACUGUUGGAGAUGCUGUGGCAUCGUUUCUGAGUAGACCUGAUCCAUCCACUGAGCGGAUGGGCCUGGUAUCCCGAUCGAAUUUGUUCCGUGGACCACAGCCCUGGCCGUCUCUCCGGAGGGACUAUUUGCAACUCGCGGUGAAGGAUGCAUCGCGACCCCCAGCUUGGGAAACCCUUCCGCCUCGCCAGCGAUGGAUGCGAGCCUUGCCUACCAGCCAGUGGAUAGUGACCAUUGGCGUGUGCCUUACCCUUCUUGGUGUUGGUGGUUAUUAUCUGUCACAGGCUAUUUAUGCCCUGCAAGAAGAAGAACACCCCUGGACCUUCAGUGCGCUGUGGCAGCUGGGGUUCGGCUCGGCCACGCCAUAUACAAUCAUCUUUUCCCCUGUCUCGUCAAACGUCAUUCACAUGUCUCUUCUUGCCAACACCCCCCAGAUUUUCAUCUCGGUCGGUUACUUCCUGUACAACAACCUCCUGACGCACAUGCUUUUGGUUGCAGAAUAUGACGACUACGCGCGCCAGCGGAAGCCACUCCGCGUGUCCUGGCCCCAGGGAUCCCAACGAUCGUCUUACUAUCUCAGUCUUCCGUAUCGCUACAGCAUUCCCCUUAUGGUUGCCUCAAUGCUCCUGCAUUGGCUGGUGUCUGGUAGUUUAUAUUAUGUCCAAAUCAAUUAUAUUGACCCGCUUGGGAAGGAUUUGGUUUCAGAUCAGCUCAUUACCUGCGGAUAUGGGCCGAUCGCCAUUGUGUUCGCGCUUAUUCUUGGGGGAGUGAUGACGUGUACUGUAGUGGGUCUAGGUAUGAGACGUUUCGCAUCACAAAUGCCCAUUGCAGGUAGCUGCAGCGCAGCAAUCAGCGCUGCAUGUCAUCCAACAGAGGGUGAGGAGCAUGCUCUGAAGCCGAUCAUGUGGGGUGAGAUUCCGGUGGCCGCAGUGCAGCCGGAAGAUGAAGACGAUGUGGACGAAAUUAUCUGUGACCACGAGCUGGAAGACAGGAGGGAUGGGAAUGGUAACUAUUCGCCGUUGAGAAAAGACACGGCUGGCCAGGAGGGUGUUUAUGGCCAUUGCAGUUUCACCUCGGGGGAAGUGAUCACUCCAAACCCAUCAAGACUGUAUAUUUAG